AUGUCAUCUGAUCUUUUGCGAGAGUACGAAAACGACUUCAACGAAACUCUAAAGGAGGCAAACGAUGUUGCGUCCCGCCUGCAGGAGUCCCUACAACGAAGCGGUGUUUCGUAUCAGGCGCCGCCAGCCGCGGGGCCACAGAGCCGCAGCCAACAGUGCCAUUCGCUCCAACAAAGUCUCACACGACUCCGUGAACUUAUUACGAACAUGUCGUACGAAAGCAAUGAAGUUGAGCCCGCUUCGGCAAAGGAGGAAGUGAAGCGCCGUCUGGAGGACUACCGCGGAAAGCUGGUGGCGCUUGAAAAACAGUUGUCUCGCCUUCGGCAGGAAUCGAGGGAGGCGGACCGAACAGAUCUUUUGGGCAACGGAAGAGAAAUGGGAGAUGAUGGCGGAUCCAUGGAGGAGCACGCGCGGAUGCUUGGAACUACGACGAAGUUGAAGGAAGGCACUGGCGCCCUGCAGAAGGCAGAGGCGCUGCUUCACGGCACAAACGAAUUGGGAUUAGAAACCCUUUCAGUCGUGAGGGGACAAACAGAAACUAUGAAGCAUAUCCACGGUGUAGUGAUUGACGUCGACGAUGACGUUACGGAAUCACGGCGUAUCGUCCACCGCAUGCAGCAGGUUGCAAGAAAACAGAAGUUGAUCAUGGCUGGUGUGAUAGGUAUGUUGGUGUUUACCUUUCUAAUCAUUGUAUUUUGGAAGUGA